AAUUGAAAAAAGGAAAUAAAAGAUAUCUUAUUGAUCUUACUAGUAUAAAUAAUUCGUGAAAUAACUUAUAUUAAUUCACAAAUGUAAAGAAUAGUAUUCAAUAGUUUUAAUUUCUAAGUAAUAAAAUCAUGUUACUAAUAAUAUAAAGUAUUGAAUUAGUUUUUGACAUUUUGUGUAUAUAAAAAAUCAGAAAAUAUGCCUUCCUUAGACGCGAAUGUUGUUAAAAUAGCUGUAGAAAUGGAUUCAGAAAAUCCUCAGCUUAAAGAAUUCAAUCAAAAAAUUCCUCUUUCUAAUAUCAUUCAGGACUUAUGUAGUGGUUGGGAUCUUGUUGAACCUGAGCAAUAUGCCCUUAAGUUUUCUGAAAAAACUAAUCAAAAUUAUGUCACUGAAAAAAAUAGAAAUGAAAUUAAAAAUGGUUCAGUUUUAAGACUUGCAUUUUCUCCUUCUAAAAUUGCUUCUGAUAUAUUGCAAACACUUCACCUUGAAGGCAAUGAAGAUAGAAAUGAAAAAACUAUUGCAUUGCAAAAAUUAGCUGAAUCUAGCACUGAUAUAACUUUUGCUUUAGAAUUUAUCAACAAACAAGGAUUGGCCCUCAUCAUAAGUUUAAUUGAAAGAAGUAAAUGUCAAGGAUCAAUGCUAGCAUAUGCACUGGCUUCUUUUGUUGAACUAAUGGACCAUGGAAUUGUUUCUUGGGAUAUCUUAGAGACGCCAUUUAUUAAUAUUGUUGCUAGUUAUAUAAAUAACCAAACAUCUAGACCUCAAGAAGCCAAAGUGGUUCAAUCUUCAUUAUCUAUUUUGGAAAGUAUUGUUCUUAAUAGCUCGGCUAAGUAUGGUCAAGUUGAAAAAGAAGUAGGAUUUCCCAAUCUUGUAUUACGUCUUGAAAAUCAAAAUUCAAUAAUUCAACAAAAUGCGCUCUCAUUAAUAAAUGCUUUAUUUUUAAAAGCUGAUUCUGCCAAACGAAAAAUUAUUGCUGGCACAUUAUGCUCAAAACAAGUUAGAAAUGUCAUUUUACAAAAUAUUAUACAAACAUCAUCUGGUGAAGUUGGAUCUGAAAUGGCUUAUCAACUUUAUGUUAUGCAAACAUUAUGCUUUGGUCUCCUUGAAGAAAGAAUGAACUGUAAAAUGGAUCCACAGGAUCAAGAUGCUCACGAAAAAAUAAAGGAACUACGUAAAAUUGCUUUUGAGCUUGAUACAAUUGGAGGAGGAGAUUCAAAUCGAAGACAAUUAGGACCAAUUACUAAAGAUUAUAAAAAAUUAGGAUUUAAAUAUGAUAUAAAUCCAGCAUUAGAUUUCACAGAAACUCCACCUGGCAUGUUAGCCUUAGAUUGCAUGGUUUAUUUUGCUAGAAAUCAUGUAGAUGCUUAUACAAAAGUAGUUCUUGAAAAUUCAUGUAGGGCUGAUGAACACGAAUGUCCAUUUGGACGAUCAUCUGUAGAAUUAGUUCGUUUAUUAUGCAAUGUAUUACAAAUAGGUGAACUACCUAGUGAACAAACUACAACAUAUCAUCCAAUAUUCUUUAGUCAUGAUCAUCCUUUUCAUGAAUUAUAUUGUGUUUGUAUUAUAUUACUCAAUAAAACAUGGAAAGAAAUGAGAGCAACAACUGAAGAUUUUGUAAAAGUACUUAGUGUUGUCCGUGAACAAAUCACUAGAGCUUUAUCUUCACAACCUGCCAAUUUAGAAAAAUUAAGACAAAAAUUAUCUACUUUAACUUAUUCUGAAAUUACUAAUCUCUGGCAACAAGAACGUACUUCAAGAGAACAAUGGGAAAGCCAUGCUCGCCCUAUAGUUCAGUUGAAAGAAUUAGUUACUCCUGAAAUAGUAAAUCUUAUAAAAAAACAAAGACUUAAUUAUAUGGUGGAUGGAACUAGAUUUACUAAAUAUUCACAACGAGGACAGAGAGUUAAAGAUAAAUUUUGGUUUGUACGGUUAUCACAAAAUCAUAAAGUCUUACAUUAUGGUGAUUGUGAUGAUAAAAGUGUUCCAUCAAUAGAAGAACUCCCUAAUAAAUUGAGUAUUGUUGAUAUCAAAGUCCUACUUACAGGAAAAGAUUGCCCUCAUAUGAUGAAGGAUGCUAAAAGUCGAAAGUCUACACAUCAACUAGCAUUUUCAUUAACUUUAGAUUCUGUAGAAAUGGCAUCUCUUGAUUUUGUGGCUCCAGAUGAAAUGGUGUAUGAUUAUUGGAUUGAUGGUAUUAAUGCCCUACUAGGUAAUAAGAUGACUAGUAAAGAAGCUGAAAAUGACUUAGAAACAUUACUAUCAAUGGAAAUAAAGUUGAGAUUAUUAGAUGCAGAAGGUGUUGGUGUAGACAUUCCUCAAGAUCCUCCACCUGUACCUGAUGAUCCACCUAACUAUGAAUUUUGUUAUGACUUCAAGUAAUUACCAUUAUAUUUUUGUUUUCAUUUAUGUUAAAUUUUGAUAAAUAUUAGUUUACAUCUGUCUCUAUUAUUGAUUUUUUUAUUGUUCCAACUACUGCAACUGCUUCCAACUGUAGAAGACUACCCUGUAAUAAAAUUAUUAGUUUAAAAGAAUAAAAAAAAAUAAUAUUUAUAAAGUA